AUUGGCUGCUGCAGACCCACCCCCUCGUCGGUUUGCGGGUCGGCGAAGCCUGGAUUGGUGGAGCUAAGAGCUGGCUCAGCAGCAGCUCAAGCUCUUGGUUCAGGGCAGAGAUGGCGACUGCGACUCGGCUGCUGGGUUGGCGUGUGGCGAGCUGGAGGCUGCGGCCGCCGCUUGCCGGCUUCGUUUCUCAGCGGGCCCACUCGCUUUUACCGGUGGACGAUGCAAUCAACGGGCUAAGCGAAGAGCAGAGGCAGCUUCGUCAGACCAUGGCUAAGUUCCUUCAGGAGCACCUGGCCCCCAAGGCGCAGGAGAUUGAUCGCAGCAAUGAGUUCAAGAACCUGCGAGAGUUUUGGAAGCAGCUGGGGAACCUGGGCGUAUUGGGCAUCACAGCCCCUGUUCAGUAUGGCGGCUCUGGCCUGGGCUACCUGGAGCAUGUGCUGGUGAUGGAAGAGAUAUCCCGAGCUUCUGGAGCAGUGGGGCUCAGUUACGGUGCCCACUCCAACCUUUGCAUCAACCAGCUUGUGCGCAAUGGGAAUGAGGCCCAGAAAAAGAAGUAUCUCCCAAAGCUGACCAGUGGUGAGUACAUCGGAGCCCUGGCCAUGAGUGAGCCCAAUUCAGGCUCUGACGUUGUCUCUAUGAAGCUCAAAGCGGAAAAGAAAGGAGAUCACUACAUCCUGAAUGGCAACAAGUUCUGGAUCACUAAUGGCCCUGAUGCUGACGUCCUGAUUGUCUAUGCCAAGACGGAUCUGGCUGCUAUGCCGGCUUCUCGGGGCAUCACGGCCUUCAUUGUAGAGAAGGGUAUGCCUGGCUUUAGCACCUCUAAGAAGCUGGACAAGCUGGGGAUGAGGGGCUCUGACACCUGUGAGCUAAUCUUUGAAGACUGUAAGGUUCCUGCUGCCAACAUCCUGGGCCACGAGAAUAAGGGUGUCUACGUGCUGAUGAGUGGGCUGGACCUGGAGCGGCUGGUGCUGGCCGGGGGGCCUCUCGGGCUCAUGCAAGCCGUCCUGGACCACACCAUUCCCUACCUGCACGUGAGGGAAGCCUUUGGCCAGAAGAUCGGCCACUUCCAGUUGAUGCAGGGGAAGAUGGCUGACAUGUACACCCGCCUCAUGGCAUGUCGGCAGUACGUCUACAAUGUUGCCAAGGCCUGCGAUGAGGGCCACUGCACUCCCAAGGACUGUGCAGGUGUGAUUCUUUACUCAGCUGAGUGCGCCACACAGGUAGCCCUGGAUGGCAUUCAGUGUUUUGGCAGACCCUUUCCACCCAACACCCACCUGGGAGGGAGGGCGAGACCCAAGGUCAGAAGUCCUUGGAACAGCCCCUGCCCAUCCCAGCCUCCGACUGCAGGAUCCUGGAGAGCAGGAAAGCCUGGCUCCCCGUGGCUGGAGUGCCCUCGGACACCUCCUCCCCCACUUACACCCACCCCCUCCUUGAACUCUGCAGUCCCAGAGGCAGGGUGAGACUGGGAACCGAGUGAGCCCAAGGGCCAAGAUGCGACUCUGCGGGGCUCCCGGAGCCGGGAGGGUGCCCAUCCCCCACCCCUUGACGGUAGUCGGGGGUGUGGGCGGGGUGAGAAGGACCCCGGGGACACUCCGAUUAGGUCUGGAGAGAGCCUGAAAUAGGGUGCAGUCCGCAGUUGUUGGGGCUGCGGAGGAGGCUACUGGGGUGAAGGGCAGAGACUGCACCCCAAGAGAAAGGCAUGGGGCCCCAAAGAGGGUAGGACACGGGAUUCAGAGGGCGGGAAGGAGAAUGCAGAAACAGCUUUUACGGGGAGAGGCAGACUGCAAAGACGUCCCCUGGCCGGCAAUCUGGAGGCUAGCGCUGGGCAGAUGGGGAUUUUGGACACAGCGCCAUGGACAUGUGUUCCCCCAAAGUCUGAGCGCAUGCAGCCCCCUUGUUCCUUCUUGUGCGGAGACUGAGUCCCACACAGUCCCUACCUCACCGGGACCUCCCCACCCCCAAGGCCGGGGCCGUAGGUGCGUUUAGGAGAGGGAGAGGUCUUCCUCACUGGGCGCUCAACAUCUGGCUCCUUGGUGGUAGGAGAGUACCUUGCCCCUCCAGCUCAAGAGUCAGGAGUAGCACUUCUACCUCCCUAUCCCUAGGGAAGAGGGCCCCCGCAGGUGAAGACCAGACUUGUGCACUAGGAUCUGCCUGGGGGCAAAUAAUUUCUGGAGAUCCCUUUAAGGAGGGGUGUUCCAAUCCCUUUAAGAGGGAGGGGGUCACAGCAAAAGGACUAUAAAAGUCCAGCUUUCUUUAUUCCCUCACCCCCCGGGGUCUUCCUAUGAUGGGGGAAGGGGCAAGUGCUGCUGCCGCAUUUAAUUGUUGCCUUGGUGUCCCUCCCGCAAAGAGCUGUGCUCUUCAGUUCGUCCAGUGGGGCUGAGGAGCCAGGUGGCUCAGUAAGUAUUGCGGGGACCUAGACUUCAGGUGCUCUGGGGGUUGGGAUGGGGACUGCCCCACUUCCAGGAAAGAAGAUGGGACCCGGGCAGGGGUGCAGGGAGGAGAAAGUGGUCACUGCCACCACCGCAGGGACUGCACUGCCGCUGGGGUGCCCUGCCUGGUGCCAGGUGGUUGGAUCUCAGGCCAGGUGGUCUUGGGGGACUGCAGCGGGCAGUGGCGGGGAACUGCUGGGGCUGGGCUGGAGAUGACGGAGCAGCCAGUCUGUCCUGGCUGUCAGUCUGGUUGUGUGUGGUGGGGGAGGGGUGCGCCGUGUGUUCUCUCUGGCCCUGGAUGUUUUCCUCUCCGGCAUCUCCCUCUGAGGCAGUUAACCCUUCCCGAUGGGUCUGGAGGUGUCUGGGGAGAGACAGCCCCUGCCUGGCAGCCGCUGGGGGAAGACUCCAGAGACCUGAUGGACCCAUUCCUCUUUCUAGACCAAGUGCCAAACCCUUUUUUCAGUGGGGGACCUCUGGGCUGCCAAACAUACCAGGGAGAGGAAAGGUGAUGGGCCCCAGGCGUUGGCACAGCUGCCCAGUGAAGUGGGGUGGGGGCAGCAUUCCCUCAGGAAAGGUUACAGGACCGAAGGAAGGAGGAAGAAGUGGAGCCCUUUCCAGCUGUGGAAGGGCUUUGGACUGGGAAAGAAGGAGGCCCAGUUGCAGAGGUCCCUGAAAGUUGGGUGAAGGAGGCUAGAACAGGCCAAAAGAUCCCUUUGGGGAACAGACAGGGUGUAGCCCCUGCCUCUUCUUUGCUGGCUUGUUUUAACAAGCAAUAGGGAGGAAGGGGGGACAGAGGUGGCUCAGUGAGCUGGCACAGGAGGAACACUUAGUGCUUUUAGCCAGCCUGUGUCCCCGCACCAUAGCCCACUCAGUCAGAGCCUCCUGGGGCAGCAGACACAGUCAGCCACACGGGAAGCUCUGAGGAGAGAACUCCUCCAGCGGCCAGGCAGGCACUUGUAGGGUGGGCUGUCAUGACUACUCUGCCUCCUCUCCAGUCGGUAUUCCUUCCUUUCCCUCCCACCGAGACCCCAGAUAAGACAACUG